UGUCAACUAUCCGCGUGUCGUCCAUGUUCCGAAUGUGGUGUGACUUAUUUUUGUUUUGUAUUAAUUUUUCGAAUUACAAUUACAAAUGUGAAAUGAUACAACAUGUGUUAUCCCAUAUAGUGGAAUCUUGCUCCGGCUGAAUGGAUCCCUACGUCGGGUGGUAUCAGCCCGAGCAGGAAGGACCCGCGAAGCGAUUGUGGCUUCGUAUAUGGGAAACUCAAAGUGAAACAGACAAAAUGAACCUCAAAAACUUAGAGAACGCUAAUCCUAAUGUGAAUAAAGCACAAGACUUUAUACCAAUAAAUGAUGUGAAUGGUGAAAAUAGGAAUAAUAAUUAUUUCAAUCCUACACGGAGGAAAGCAAACGAUAACCGCGCAUCUACGUUUAACCUGAAUCAGAACCACGAUGCUCUCAUAGGUGAAUACGGGGGCUGCCCUUGGCGGAUACCCAACUACCAUUAUAAGCCUGGGAUACUCGGGCUGCACGAAGAGAUCGAGCACUUCUACAUGUACAUGUCGCCGACGGAGACGGAGCACCUGGUGCGCUCGACGGUGGUGACGCGCAUACGCAGCGCGAUCCUUUCGCUGUGGCCGCAGGCGCGCGUCGAGGUGUUCGGCUCUUUCCGCACCGGCCUCUAUCUGCCCACUAGUGACAUCGAUCUGGUUGUUAUUGGUCAAUGGGAGAAGUUGCCGCUGUGGACGUUGGAGCGCGAGCUGGUGAACCAGGACAUCGCGGAGAAGGAGAGCAUCAAGGUGCUCGAGAAGGCCACCGUGCCCAUCGUCAAGAUGACCGACAAAUACUCCGAUGUUAAGGUCGACAUCUCGUUCAAUAUGAGCAGUGGAGUCAAAAGCGCCGAGCUCAUAAAACAGUAUAAGGAAAAAUACCCUGUGCUCUCACGGCUAGUCAUGGUGCUGAAACAGUUCCUGCUCCAACGGGACCUGAACGAGGUGUUCACCGGAGGCAUCUCCUCCUAUUCCCUCAUACUGAUGUGCAUCAGCUUCCUGCAGUUGCACCCUCGGCCGGAGAGGCUCAGGCAGCCACAUAACCUCGGCGUCCUGCUGAUUGAGUUCUUCGAACUGUAUGGAAGGAAGUUCAAUUAUGUGAAGACGGCGAUACGCGUCAAGAACGGAGGCUCGUAUGUGUCCAAGGACGAGAUACAGAAGGAGAUGAAUGACGGGCACCGUCCAUCGUUGUUGUGUAUCGAGGACCCGCUGACGCCGGGCAACGAUAUCGGCCGGUCUAGUUAUGGCGCUAUACAAGUUAAACAGGCGUUCGACUACGGCUACAUAAUCCUGCAGCAGGCGGUGGCGGGCGGCAGCGCGCUGCUGCUGCGGCACAGCGUGCUCGGGCGCGUGGUGCGCGUGACAGACCACGUGCUGCAGUACCGGCGCUGGGUGCGCGACACCUUCGAGCCCUACUUCUUCCCGCACCGGCCGCCCGCGCCGCCCGCCGCGCCGCUCGCCGCACCGCUCGCCGCGCCGCUCGCCGCGCCGCCCGCCGCCGCGCCGCCCGCGCCCCGCGACCCCUCCGACAGCGAGCCGGACUGGUCGGACGGAUCAGGGGGCGGAGACGUCGAAGGCGAAAGUACGGAAGGCGUGGGGGGUGUUGGAGGUGCUGGAGGUGUGGGUGGUGUGGGGGGUGUUGGGGGCGAGGCGCGGCGCACGUCGCCGCCGCCGCUGUCGGCGCUGCAGUGCUCGUCGCCCACGCCGCGCCGCGUGUCCGCGCACCAGAGCCUCAUCAUACACCACAUUACCAGCAAUUCGGAUUUCAACAACAUACCCUCGGGUGUAAUGCAAGCGCGCUACAACAACAACAACAACAACAGCAGCAGCAGCGGUGGCGGCGGCACCACGAACAGCUCGGGGAACAGUGCGGGCGGCGCGGGCGGGGCGGGCGGCGCGGGCGGCGCGGGGGGCGCGGGCGGCGAGCACAAGCGCUGCGGGCGCGCCUUCAGCUCGAAGCAGCGCCGUCACUCGCCGCCGCGCUACCGCGCCGACCGCGGCCACAAGAAGCGCCGCCAGCUCGCGCAGCCGCGAUGAGGCCGACGCGCGCGCGCCGCCAGGGACGAGCGCGCGUGACAAGGGACGCGGGACGCGGGACCGACACGCACCCGAGCGCCGCCCGCAGUGAUGUGACACCGCCGCGGAACACGCGUAGACGCGCACGCGUGUGCCGCGCCCCACGUGACGUCACACCGUGUUGCAGCCGGCGUCGCGCGAUAAAUAUUGAUAUGCACGUCGAUGUGCAGACGCGUGGAGAUCUCUAUACGUCGAAUAUCGUACAUGACAUUAAACAUGAUGUCGCAAGCCCAUAUGAUAUACGUGACUGCGAUAUGGCACAUUACACGUGAAGAUGUGUUGUAGAUGACGUCACACCUUCUCGAUGUUUUUUGCCUAUGACAAACCAUACGCGAUACGUGACGUCACACUAUGUUACACGUGCUCUGUUGUGAUAUUUUAUAUUGUAUAUUGAUGUCGCACGCGUUAUCUUUAAAGUGAAUAUAAGUGACCUCUGAAGAUAUUCAUGCUGUCACAUAUAUGUAAGGAUAGAAGAAUUUAGCGUGACGCUCUAGCAUAAUGUUAUAUUUCGCAAUAAAUAAUAAUUGUGUCACAUUUUAAACGCGUGACGGACGUCACCACUUGUAGCUGUGACACCAAUCGUUCAUCUCUUCCUCGUGAUAUGCGCGUAUUCACUGUACUCGUAACACUACAGUGACGUCACGGAUCUUAGCCGUACCACGUGAUGCUGCGUGAGCGAAAUUAGAAUCUAUAAAAACCUAGGCGCGACAACGCGUGACAAUGUACAUCCCGAUACAUAAGGGGUCCCGUACCACACGUGGCACUGCUGCAAUAUCGCUGUGAUAUCUCUUCGCCCGUCGUCAAUACUUUCAACACGUGACGUGACUCAACAUAUAACACGUGUCGUUGUCUCUUGUGACGACAAACACGUGACGUUACGACACGCGAUGUAUAACGCGUGAGUUACGUGACGUGACGCGCGACGCAGUGACAGUGACAUUGCGUAGCGAGAAAUAUUAGUGUGACGUCAUCUAUCGGCCCCAAUCGAUUCUUAAUGUGCACGUUUAAAAGUGAAAAUAGUUUCACUAGUUAUUUGCGAUAAUAUAAAACGAAACAGACUUGGGGCUAAAUAUGUUUAUCAUAGAGCAGAUUACCGAAAUAUACGUGAAAAUAAAUUAAUAUACUUGUAACUAAUUGUUGAGACUGAAUUUAUGAUGAAAUAACAGUUUACUUGUACCAUGUAUUGUGAUGAUUGGCAGAAAUAUGAGGGAGACAUAUUAGGAAUAGACGGCUAAAUGAGUUUUAAAUCGUGCUUGAACAAAUACGACAGUGACUGAAGAGAUAAAUUCUUUCAAAUGAAAUACAUUAAAGAAAACUAGACUUGUUAUAUAUAAAUAGUGUGUAGAUGUAAUGUGUAGACUCGACUAUGUCUAGACCGACAGUUUGUGACUUGUGUGGUUCACUAAUAAACUGACAUCCUUCUGAUACACACAUUUACAAUAUUCCAAGUCUAGAUUUUUAUAGUGUAAAUUUUGGAAAUACUCGGAAUCUCCUGGGAAUGAAAUGUUUCAAUGCGGUGUGCGGAGUAUUUCAAUCUCUAGUUAUCUAAGUAUCUCCAGACUAAUAAUUGUAUCAUAAAACAUGGCGCGUUUUACAACAUUUACAAAGACAGAGAAACAAAAGCACUUUUGCAUUUACAAUAUUAAUAAGGAUAGUCCAAAAUGGGAUAAGGGCUGUCUAAGGAUAUAUGCCAAAAGUUACUUAAGUAUUUCUAAAAGAAUUGUUAAGAAAGGAAGAACGGAUAGACAGAUUUUGAUAAUUACAACAAUUAGUCUGGAUUUGUUUCUGAAUAGCAGACGCGUGACAAAGUAGUAAUACAAAGUAUAAGUAAACAAAAUCUGUUAUUCCUUCAUAAAUUUGAAACGUUUUUAAAAUAGUGGAGAGUAUUAGUGGUUACACAUAACACUGCCAAUGUUUAAUGGACAAUUUAGUGCCGUGCGUGUGUGUGUUGUUGUAUAUAAGACUUGUGCGCUGGUGGCACGUCUCUGGCGUUGGGUGUAGGGCUUAGAAAGGGUUCGAGAUAGACUGGACCUUUUAAAAUUAAUUUCGUUGUAAAGGAGUAGAAGUAGGCUUUGUUUCAUAGAAAUAAUACUUUAUUUUAUUUUUUAUAUGGAGAUUUUUCAAAUUCCAGACCCAUCAGUUUUUCCAGAUGUUUUUAAGUUUUUCAAUGCUCUUGGUAGUCAUUAAAGUACCGCUAUAUACAUCGUAUAUGUAAUAACAACAAUAUUAUAUUCAUUUAGAAAUGUUUCCCUUGCUAAACGCUACACCUGAGCGUACAGUUAGUCCCCGACCGCACGCAACGUAGGUUAGUUGUAACCGUGUGAAUAUCAUGGACUAGCUUUGAACAAAACUUAGCUCUGCUAGAUAUAGGGCGUACUAUUGGUAUAACAUGCGAUAUCGGUUUUAUAAAACGUAAAAAUUGUAAAAAAAAAAAAUUA